ACUGCUUACAUAUACAUCUGGCAUUGGUCAUCGGAUCUCCACGCCGCCAGGAGCCCAGGAAGCCUCGCACGAUCGCCAGGAAGCCGCCCACCGCCGACGUCCAGCUAGCUAGACAAACGGUGAUACUGAAGAUCAAGGUUGCAGAAAUGGAGACAGCACAAAAGGAUGGAUUGAUUUUUCGUUCUCAUGAAGUUGAAGUUUAUGAACCAACCAUGGAUGAGUGGGACCCAUAGAAUCCUCCCUACCCUCCAUACCGUCCCACUCCUUCUAAUCUUGACUUGAAGUCCCAUGCCCAGUUGAUAGAUGAGUGGUAUGAUGAAAUAAAGGAAAUUAUUGCCAUGUCAAGAAGAACCAACACAAUCAUUCCAGACCGUACACCUCAGAUAGUUGACUGUAUUCUACCCUUUUCAAUUGUGAAUUUGUCAAUCCAUGAAGUGGACGAUGCCUUCUACAAUGUACUUCCCCACCUGUUGCCCAUACUUGAAAAUGAUAGUGUGCGGCGCUUUCUUCGCUUAUUCCGUCAAAAGGGGGGCUGCAUGCGAUGGGGUUUUAUCAUUACCCCACUAACCUUCAACCAGAUGAUCAAGCAAAAUGCUUUGCGAUGUGCUAAAGUUGCCUUGGAUGGCAAGGCACCUGAGCUUUAUGGGUUACGUGCUAACCCCAACUGCAUGAACCAUUAUGGAUAUUUCCCCCUCCACCAAGCUGCUGAAAUGUUUUCUGUUGACAUUCUCAAGUUGCUCUUCAGCUAUGGUGCAUCGGCAAAUCUACGCACUGUAGGGGCUGAAGUCAUUGAGGACCUACUCCCACUUCAUGUUGCAGUUGAGAACACUUGCCUGCAUAAGUAUCUGGAGGAAAAUGCAUUUCCGAACCAGGAGGAUCUGGAAGAUAGUCAGGCAACUCUAAACUAUAUCUGCAGGAUUAUCCAUCUGCUGUGCCUACCUGAGAUGAAAAUCUUCUUGGAUACGACUAGACUGCUUGCGGCGAAUACUGAUAAUCUUGUCGAUGAGCUCUGGAACUUCAUAAAGGAUGGAAAACUUGUUCAGACUGCAGUUUUGCUCUUGGCAGCCCAAGACAGAUCUGUGGGCGACCACCCUGCAAGAAAAGGGCAACAUCAAGCCAGAUGGUUUUUCUAUUAAGUCAUCCUGCAAGAAAAAUGGCAACGGCAGGCCAGACGGGUUUUCUAUAAUCAUAAAUCAUAUUCUGACCCACACAAUUAGCUUGGUGGUGCAGAUAGGUCAAAACAGAAAGAAAAAUAAGGAGCUGGAAAUUGAGAAAAGGAUUACUUCUGCUGCAUUACUGCUUGUUCGCGUAGUUCUCAAAGCUGGUAAAAUCCUUGAUACAUAUAUUCAGUCACAUCCAGAGGUACUGAAUUGUUUAUAGCUGUAGUUACAAUUCUAGUCUCUUUGCUAAGUGUGUACUUUGCAGUAAUAUAGCAGGCACAGACUUUUUAGUAAAACAUGGCUCAAAGCCUCAGACAUAUCCUUCCCUGAGCUUAAGAACAUGUUCCACCUUCUAUGUUGCUGUUCCUUCAUUAAUCUGAUUAAAUGCUGGAACUUCUCAAAUCAUGGGGAUAAAGAACAAAGUAUCUAUUGAAAAACUUACAGGGGCUGUCGAACGGCUUGUAAUCGGACCGAUGAUUUUAGAUUAGUUUGGAAGCUACCAUAAAACUGGUUUGAAUGGGAUAGCUAUAACUUCCAUAAACUUUGUUAUUUAUGGUUUGAAUGGAAUAGCUAUAACUUGCAUAAAGUAGUUUAUUUAGGCCCUCUUGAUGGAAUUUCAGCUUCAGGUCAAUGCUAAUGCCACCAAAGUUUUAAGUUGUACCAAAAAGGGAGACUGUAUGUCUGUCAUCUUGAUUAGACUUAACUGCUUAAUCGAUCUAAGUGCUUGAAAGCUAAAACCCAUCUCCACUAGUUUCGCUGAGAAUCCAGAAAAUUUGGCAUUCGGGGCAGUUGUCACCAUUUCUUUGCGAGCUAGAUCUCGUCUGGGCAGUUGCUCGACGGGGCACCGCCAACGGGCGGCGGGCCAAAUGAGAAUCCUGUGCCCAGGCAGUAAGGACGGUUGUUGUGCUUGCCUUGGAGUGUUGGUCGUCUGCCAUGCUAGAACAAAUGCCAAUCACAUGUUUGUGUACAUCCAAACAGGAAGCUUUCUAGGAUUCCAAAAGCUAAUUCAAUGACCGUCCAAACAACUGAAUUUGAAUCGUAGCCCAUUUCAAUACCAUGGUUGAUUUGGCAUUGAACCCAAUUCAAUACCAUGCCUCCAAUAUCGACAUCCAAAUGGAGCCUUAGAGCAUUUUACUCAAUAUAAGCACAGCUAGCAUCAAUGCUUCAUCUUCAAUAUGGAAAAUUUUGUUUCUAGUGAACAUGUCAAGAUAUAUAAAGCUGUUGUAACCAUGUUUGGGAAUUGCUAGUGAUGCUAAGGUUUGUGUCAGAACUUUCUAUUUCAAGUACAUAGCAUAAUAUAAUUUUAUAUGUUUUGUAGUACGCACCCCCUAAGUUGCGCCCCCAUUAUUUUACAAGAACCUCAGCACUCAAUACAUUUUUGGGACUUGUUAUAACAUGCUAUGUAGUUAAAAAGUUUUGUUAAACUAAUGUACAUGUGUUCAAUGUGAUUUCCUUGAUUUGAAAACUUUUGCAAGUUAUUCGUCAGCAUACCAAUUUUCUGACAUAUCUGCUGCCAUCGGUUAUGUUAUAGUGUUUUCUUACGGUCUUAACAAUUGAUUUGUCACUGCAUCAUCAUCAAAAACAUCACGUCACCCUAAGCAUGGCAAUGGUUCAUUUUCGGGUCGGAUAUCCGCGGAUUUUGGGUCUAGCGGUUUUGAGUUUGGGGAUGAUUUAUCACCCACAAUUUUUGGGUUUGGGCCCCGAAACCUAUCAAGUUCGGUUUCGGGUUUGGUUUUUCACCAGUGGAUACCCAAUGGAUAACCAUUUGGAAUAAAAACUCAUGUUUUAUAGUAUACUUAAUAAUAACUUUGUUUACUUAGACUAUAAAUUUAUUCUAACUUCUAAGUUUAGGAAAUUAUUUACUAUUUAUUGCCCCUUAUUAUACAUGUGAAUGUUAUAUAUAUUAUGUAUAUGUUUAUAGGAAGUACUUCUUGCUCUUACUAUGUUGCCAUAUAAAACGGGUUUCAGGUACCCAAUCGGGUUUCGGUUUUGGGGAUGGAUUUUCACCCGAAUCGGUGUUCGGGUGGGUUCGGGUUUUAAGUUGGAUUUUCGGUUUUGGGUGGCCAGACACUCCACCCGAUCUGAACCCGCCCCAUUGCCGUCCUUACGUCACCCACUGACCCAUCACAAAAACAUUAUCACUCGUGUCUCAAAAGGUUAAAUGUGGCAUGCAGAUGCUCCAUAACAUGCAGGUAUCCCUUAAUGAGGUACAUGAAUGAGUCUCAUCUAUUCUCAAAGAUUGGUUUUUGUCCCGGAGAAAUCAUCGAUGCUGGAAAGCUGUACUACUUUUACUCUCCUUUGCUUUGCUUCAAUGAUUAUAAUUUUACAUACAACUGCACCAUCAAUAUGCUUGUUCAUUUCUUUAUUCUACUUGUUCUUGAAGCUGCCCCUGUAAGAAUGUAUUGUCUGAAAAGGAGUCACCUAACAACCAUGCAGGGGACAUGGUUGCAGUCGAAGCAAGUUGUCAGCAUUCAGUAAAAAAAGUAAUGUUUUUUUCUUGAACACAAAAAGGUAAUGGUUUUAGUCAUCGAAAAGUUGAUAUCCCCUCUUUUUGGUUGCUUUCUGUCAUUAUAAGUAAAUGUUGGGGAACUGGAAUCUUCCAUGACAUUCUCCAAAAAUUCUGCAAUUUUGGUAAUUGUCUUUACCUGUAUGAAAAGACUUGGUUGGCUAAAUGGUGAUGUCCAGUUUAUCUACAGGGAAAUAUGAUCCCAAAACUAGGGUCGGGUCUUUGUUACUGAAACUGUUGCUAUUUAAUAACUUGCAUGAUUUUUGUGGUCUUACAGAUUUACCAUCCUUUUUGUUGCUGGUGAAUUAACUCUCUUUUUGUGAGGAAAUAUUAGUGGAACAGAUGAAAUUGUGCAAUAAGCUAAUCUCUAGAGCUUAUAGCAAAGCAUGUGUUGCUUGCUAUUGUCAUAAUGUAAGUUUCAAGAUUGUCUCUAGAUGAUGAUAGGUGGUUGAGAGCAGCUUAAUGUGUAUUUGCACGCAUGUUAGUGAAUAAUAGUCAGUUCUACUUUAUUAGGCAUUUGUGUUUUUGUUUUCUUUCAAAGUAUAUGUUUCUUCUUCUUUUUUCACCAAAGAAACCCUUCAAGUCGAGAAGUUUGCCGGAAACUCAACCAGAUCUUUGUUUCUGUCAGUUAAACUCAUAAACUUUAUGUAUUUUCAAAAGAACGACGGGAAGGUGCAGACUGCAGACUGCACCCCCACUUUGAUUUAAGAAGAUGCAAGACUCGAACCCAGGCUGGCUGCGCUAGCCCGCGAGAGUGCUCGCAAACUUUUUGUAUUUUCAGAUUACUACAGAUGGUCAUGUAGUCAGUCUGACAAGGAGUUUUCUUAUUUUUUUCAAAAAAAAAUUUCUAGACCAAUUUGGAUCUUUUUUUAAAAAAAUAGGCCAAUUUGGAUCGGAAAAUGAAAAUGAAUGUUCAUCUAUGUCCUGGUUUAGUGUAACAGAUUUGGUUUUCUUUUGCUUCCAAGGGACUGACUCCAAGAUAAGCCUACAUAGACCAUGAAACAAACCUUGUUGGACUGACAACUCAAUAAGAGAAAGCAGAAUGGGCAAAAUGGCCAACUGUCAUAUAUCUAGAGCUACAUUAAACCUGUGGCUCUUUCGCUGCCAAAUUAUUCGGGAUUUUAAAUCGCAUACAUCUUAGGGAACGUUCUGUUUAGAGGCGUGCUUCUAGAUUUAACGCUAGUUCUUCGUACUUGCUGUAGGAAGUAUAGAUUGCAUGGGAUUAUUUGCAAUGAGCCUCUCAGGGGAUAUUAAUAGAGUACUGAGACGGCAAUACGCGCCGAUACAUAUGGUAGCCUGUGAUACAUAAUAUCUAGCAUUCUAGCCUACCACAAUUACUAACAGUUGCAAGUUGCAACUAAUUUAUACUACCUCCUUAUAGGAUUUGGAGGUCGUUUACGACAUGAUUGUCCAUACCAAGGAGUGAUUAAUUAGGGGCUAGUUUUUCCUUUUUGCCCAUAUUAAAUAGGGUGGCGGGUGCAUUGUAGCCAUCAAAACGCACGCAGCACGAUUGGUCUGUGCCGCUUGUCCCGAGGCAGGGCGUCGGUUCGAUUCCUGGCGGGCGCUUUUUCUGCCGUUCAGCAGUUUUUUUGCUUGGGGAUUGCAUGGCACUAUGCACAUGCAGGAGGGUGCGAGACCUGCGGUGCACGCUGGAGACGUGUUGGGAUGGGUUCGCGCGAUUCUGAUCGCGUUUUAGUUGCCUUGGCACGAUUCUGAUCACGUUAUUUUUUUGCAUUUCGAGUUGUUCGUUGGCCACCCUUUUUUCCAUGCUCCGUCGCUGGCGUGCUUGCUAGCCGCCUUGUUUUUUGCGUUUUGUUGAAUGCGUUGGAUGCAUGUGUUCGCUGGCCACCCUGCUGGAGCGUUUUGCUGUGCGCCCAUUUAAACGCGACUAUCGUGCGUGUGUAGAAGCAGAAGCACCACACACCCUCAAUAUGGUUGGGUAGACCUCAACGCUCCAUUUGGUGGGUCGGCUUCUCCAGUUCUAGAAGAAGCAAAUGAUGCGCUCUGCCUCAAUGCUCUAGUAUUGGAAGAAGAAGCCCAUGCUCUUGGAUUUGAUCUCAACAUUUUGUCUUUGGACAAUGACAACGACAAUGACCUCAACUCAUUUGUUUCUAUUUUCUUGUAUCAUCACACAUGUUCCAUGCUUCCUUUGGACAUGAUUUGAUUUGAACUUACCUCUAGAUGUGUUUGGCGCGGUUGAUUUUGAUUUCGUUCAAAACAUCAAUGGUAAGUAAAAGUUAGCUCAGUUUCUAAAAUUUUGGUACUACUAAAAUGUGCUGAUUUGUAAUAAAUGUUCUUUUGUUGAAAUAGAAUAUGUUUUGGAGGCUAAUGUUGAAGUGAACCUACGAAGGAAAGAAAUGUCAAAAGAUCUUAGAAGGCAAGUUUAUCAAGCUUUGCUGGCUAGAAGCAAGAAUGAGAAACUAGGCAAGAAAGAUACUCAAAUUGUUGCUAAUCAAUUUGGUCUCCACAUUCGGUCAAUUCAGCGUUUAUGGAAGCGAGGUUGUGAGAAACAAGACACCUAGAGGAUGGGAACUAAAAUACACACGGAGAAGUUUUUUCCCAUAUUGGAGAUCAGUUUUGAAAGCCAGAUCACCUUGUAAGGUGGUCCGAUUAGAUGAUGUACGCACUCUCAAAUGGCUUGAAAAAUCUUGGGGUAAACCAGUGGGCCUUGGAUCUUCACCGAUUCUGAAUCCCAACCUUGGUCUGUUGGGAAGGACUGAUCGAUUUAGUAACAAUCACCCCAAAAGGAUGUUUUGUAGUGCUGCAUUACCACUGCUGAAGGUGUUCAGAAGUGCAUGAGUGGAAGGUUCCCAUUAAGUUAUCUCGUACUUGUUUGGCCAAUAUCUGCUUCAGUUGGAAGUUGCAACCUUGCUGGUGACUAGGAACUGAUCAUGUAACCUUACUAGGCUUGUCUGGACUGCUAAUUAUUUUGCUAACUAGGCAUGGAGUAACCUUGGCGUCAUGAACUGGUGUUAAAUAUGUAACGGCCUGGUUGAAUUUGUACUGAUGUUACGCAACUGCUACUACUUAGUUCAUUUUGAACAGUGAUCUACCGAAAAAUGCAGAGACAGUUCAUGGUAUGGAUUUUUUUUAUAACCAGUUCCUGAAUGCAAGCUACAAUUUGGUAGCAGGAUUGCAUAAAC